AUGUCAGACCAAAUUGAAAUUGAUGCUGAAGAAACAAGUCAAUUGGGAAAGGCUUUCAAGAGUGAUAUGAACGACUUGAAUGGAGUCAAAGCUAUUGAAAGGAUCAUUACCGAAGGUAAAAGACAAAUUGAGACAAUAUUCGGCUACAAGACGGCUAUCGGUAAACUUAUCCAAGUUAGAGGUGAUGCUGAUAACAAGAAGGAAUUAUACAAACAAAAUCUCGCUAUUUUAGGUCCAAACAUUCAAAUCAUGAGAGAUUUGUUCCAAUUCAACGAUGUCAUGAGACAACAUGUCGUCAGUUUUGUGAACGGAUUUUGCAAGAAUAAUACUACACCCAACGCAGAAGAAUCAAAAGCAUUGAUUGAUGUUCUUGACGUUGUCAUCAUUUUGGAUUAUUUGAAAACAUGGCAAGCUGGUUUAAAUAACGAUUUUGCCAUGUAUCGUAGAGCUAUUCAACACGUGAAAAAAGAUUACAACAUGAGUGAAGACGAAACUUUGCGUCACUUUCUUGUCAAUCCACACAACAUCAAUAAGGCUUUAAAAACUUCAUUUACUGAAGAUGCUGAUGGUUUUGAAAAAGUACUCAGCUACUUGGCUUCUGAGUGCAAUAAUAGACAUGAAAAGGAAGAAAAGAAUGAAAAAUGCCAACAAGUUCAACAACAUGAAGAAGAACAUGAAAUUCCACAAGAUUAA